GUGAACCAAAGUGAAAAAUGGAGUUAAAGCCUUCAAAGGCUUUUCUCUCCCAUCUCUCUCAAAUGCACAGAUACACACAAUUUUUAAGCUAAAGCUAAACUAUAAGCUCAAUAGGCUUCUCUCUCUCUCUCUCUCUCUCUCUCUCUCUCUAUCUAUCUUUUGCUUAAAAGUUUAAAUCUUCUGGAAAAGGGAAAAAGAGAAGGAAUGUCGAUCUGAAUUAAUUUCCCAGAGUGGGAAAAUUAAAUAGAUUAAUAUAUUUACUAAUAAUUUUUUUUUUUAAUUAGCAUAUUUUUCAUUACAGAGAUACCGAGUGGUCGAUUCAGAGAGACAGUGUCUGUGAGAAGAGAGAGAGAGAGAGAGAGAGAGAGAGAGAGCGUGAUGGGUGGGGUGACAUCGUCCAUGGCGGCCAAGUUCGCCUUCUUCCCACCGAACCCACCUUCAUACAAGCUUGUUACCGACGAACGCACUGGUCUCUUGCUUCUCAGCCCUUUCCCUCACCGUGAAAACGUCGAGGUUCUCAAGCUUCCCACUCGCCGUGGCACUGAGAUUGUCGCAAUCUACAUUCGCCAUCCCAUGGCUACAUCUACUCUGCUCUACUCCCAUGGCAACGCUGCCGAUCUGGGUCAGAUGUAUGAGCUCUUUAUCGAGUUGAGCAUCCAUCUGCGCGUUAAUCUUAUGGGGUAUGAUUAUUCUGGGUAUGGGCAAUCAUCUGGCAAGCCAAGUGAACAGAAUACAUAUGCAGAUAUUGAAGCUGCAUACAAGUGUCUUGAAGAAAGUUAUGGUACCAAGCAGGAAGAUAUAAUCCUAUAUGGCCAAUCUGUUGGAAGUGGCCCAACUCUGGAUCUUGCAGCUCGACUGCCUCAGUUAAGAGCUGUUGUUUUGCAUAGUCCAAUACUCUCUGGUUUAAGAGUCAUGUAUCCUGUAAAGCGAACAUACUGGUUCGACAUUUAUAAGAAUAUUGACAAAAUCUCAUUAGUUAAUUGUCCUGUUCUUAUCAUUCAUGGCACUUCAGAUGAAGUUGUUGAUUGCUCCCAUGGCAAGCAACUGUGGGAGCUUUGUAAAGAAAAGUAUGAACCGCUAUGGCUUAAAGGAGGCAACCAUUGUGAUUUAGAGCAAUAUCCCGAGUACAUAAGGCAUCUGAAGAAGUUCAUUUCUACUGUAGAGAAGUCUCCUUCUCAAAGAUACAGUAGUUCUAGGAGAAGCACAGAUCAAUAUGAACAGCCUCGGAAGAGUACAGAUAUAUUUGAAGUUUCAAGGAAGAGCACUGAUCGAAGAGAAAAACCAAGGCAAAGCACUGAUAGGCCUGAAAAACUGAAAAACCAAUUCAAUAAUGCUGAUAAACUAGAAAAGUUAAGGAUGUCUUUUGACCAUAUGGAAAGGUCUCGGAGAAGUGUGGAUUGCCACGAGAAAUCUCGAAAAAGUAUCGACCACCAGUUGGAAAGAGCAAGGAAGAGUGUUGAUCGAUUGGAUAGAAUACGAACUGGGUAAUUCUUCUUAUAACAGACUACAUAUUCAAAAAGAAAUUCUUGUUAUAACCAUAUUGUAAAAUUAAAGUCAGGUUUGGUGUUGUGGGAAAAUUAUUUGUCUCUCUUUUUUUCUUUUUUCUUUUUUUCUUUUUUUCUCCAUCUAAUUUAUGGUCUUCCAGAUGUGUAAUUUGGCUUGUGGCAGUUCUAUAAUAACUAUGGCAUUAAAUGAGAAAGGGUUUGGUGUUAUUAUGUAA